AUGGAGACCGAGAAGUACUUGCCGGAGCUUAUGGCAGAGAAGGACACGCUGGAUCCGUCUUUUCAGCACUCCCUGCGGCUACUGGAUCAAGAGAUUGAGAAAGUUCAGAAAGACGAGGGGAAGGAGGAGGAGAAGUUCAUCGACGUCGUCAUCAACAAGAACAUGAAACUGGGCCAGAAAGUUUUAAUACCAGUCAAGCAGUUUCCUAAAUUUAACUUUGUCGGCAAACUCCUCGGGCCACGCGGGAACUCGUUAAAGAGACUACAGGAGGACACUCUCACAAAGAUGUCAAUUCUCGGAAAAGGAUCCAUGAGAGACAAAGAAAAGGAAGAAGAGCUACGGCAGAGCGGCGAGGCCAAAUAUCACCACCUGAACGAAGACCUGCACGUCCUCAUCGAGGUGUUCGCCCCGCCGGCUGAGGCCUACGCCAGGAUGGGUCACGCUCUGGAGGAGAUCAAGAAGUUCCUCAUACCAGAUUACAAUGAUGAGAUCAGACAGGCCCAGCUGCAGGAGCUCACAUACCUGAACGGGGGCUCCGAGGAUGCCAAGGUGCCAUCGGUGAGGGGCAAGUCGGCCACCCGUGGAAGAGGGACACUUGUUCCAGGGCCCCCAAGGACUCGAGGAGGAGUUCCUCCACUGCAUGCAGCGGUGCCCCGGGGAGCAGCACCCAGAGGGGCCCCGCCCAGCCGGGCUCCGUCUUGCAGAGGGAGGGGGUAGAGGGCCAGGGGCGCCCCGCCAACCGCCGGGUACCGGCCGGCUCCUCCCAUAGUUCAGGAGACGUAUGGCGAAUAUGAAUAUGACGAGGACUACGGAACGACUUAUGAUGACCAAGGAUAUGAAUCGUAUGACAACAACUACAGCAAUCAAGGACAAAACUCAGAUGACUACUAUGAAUACGGACAGAGUGAGGAGUCAUAUGAUUCGUAUGGUCUGGAAGAGUGGCCAAACAAUCGCGCCAAGGCACCGCCAGCACGAACAACCAAGGGAGUGUACAGAGAUCAGCCAUACACCAGAUAUUGA